GAGAGUUGUCUGAAUAUUUUAAAAAUACACAACACGCUUGUAUUCCUGGGUUUUGCCCAGGCAAUUGCUAGGGUAAUACACCGAACUACAAGUUGGCCGUUUGUCGGAAUUUUGAAAGGUCCGUUCCGUGUUCGACAGGAAGAAAAAUUAUCGAUUUGAAGAAUCGAACCCAACGGAAAUAACAGAUUGAGCGGUGAAGGAAGAAUAGAAACUAAUUUCUCUGCUCGAAGCGGGUGUUUUGAGAAAUUCUUUGAGUAAUCUUCUACAUUACAAGUCUUCAAGGAUUCUAAACAAAGCUCAAGUGUGGUGACUGCGUGAAUGAUGGAGUUUUUGCAGAAGUUGAAGAUAUCAGGCGGGGUGAAUUUGAGCAACCUACGCCCUUCUCGUACGGAUAGCCAAGAGCGGACGACAAAUUUUAAUUCGCCUUCGAGUCCGAAGCAUGAUUCAAAAGAAGAAGUUUCGCCUUUGCCACCGAGGGGCUCGCCUGCCGCGAAAAAGAUGAAAAUUCUUCUUGUUAUCGAUUCUCCCGACACUGAUUGGGCAAAGAUAUUUAAGGGUCGACAACUACAUGGAGGAGUUUAUGACGUUCGAGUUGAACAGGCGCAAUUCGCAGACCUGAAUCUGGCUUCUUACUCUGACAGUGGCACAAUGGUGGAUAUCCAAGUGUACCGCGAAGGCACUGUUGUCGUCAGGUCAUUUCGCCCCGACUUCGUUCUCGUUCGACAAAGUGUGCGAGGUGUUGGACCCAAAGAAGACUAUCGCAACAUUCUCCUUGGAUUACAGUUUGGCAACGUUCCCAGCGUGAACUCGCUCACAUCGAUUUACAACUUCGCGGAGAAACCAUGGGUGUUCGCUCAACUAAUUCAGCUUCAGAAGAGACUGGGAAAGGAUGAAUUCCCAUUAGUCGAGCAAGCGUAUUAUCCAAACUACAAGGAAAUGUUAAUAACUCCGAAAUUUCCCGUCGUGGUGAAGGUUGGCCAUGCGAAUGGUGGAUAUGGCAAGGUUUGUGUUCACAACCACCGCAGCUUCCAGGAUAUCGCGAGUAUUGUAGCCUUGACGGAUACGUACGCCACAACUGAACCUUUUAUUGCAGGCAAAUGCGACGUUAGAAUUCAGAAAAUUGGUACCCACUACCGAGCUUUUAAACGAACAUCCAUUUCGGACAAUUGGAAGACCAACACAGGGUCCGCUGUCCUUGAGGAAAUAGCUUUCACCGACAGGUAUAAGAAGUGGGUUGACGAAUGUAGUCAGCUGUUUGGAGGUGGCCUGGACAUUAUGUGUGUGGAGGUUAUUGUAGGAAAGGACAACAAGGACUACAUCAUCGAGGUGAAUGACACCGCCAUGCGACUCUUCAGUGACACACAAGAUGAAGACCAGAGGAGGAUCGCUGACCUGGUGAUCGCGCGAAUGGAGAAGGAGUAUCCACCUACUCUAGAACCCAGUACCGCCACGGGCGCCGCGCUUACAGGUGCUUUUAAAGUUAUCGGGGGUCCCGGCGCGCCGACAGUUUCAGAAGGGGCAACAAAGACGGAAAAAAAGAAAAAUGGACUGUUCAGUGGUUUUAUUGAUUAGGAUUAUUUAUUGUUUGAAUUUAGCCGCAGCUAUGUGUGUAAAGAGUUUUACUCGACUCAAUUUAUGUAUACCGGCACAUCGGUUGUUCAACUCGGAUUGUUAGGCUGUUAUAAAUGUUCUUAGCGAUGGUGCCACCGGCCAAUGCGUGAUGAAUUCCUAACGUAGUAGCUGAGUGUGCACGGCCAAUCAGAUUUAACUAACAAUCAAUGCUAACCAAUCAAAAUAAUAGAAUGCGUCUUAGAAAGCAGACUUUUCCGCUUCAGCUUUAAAACGGAAGUGGAUGAAACUUUCUGGUCAGGACGUAUGGCUAUCUUGGCAAUUUACUAAACAAUCUAACACUUAUUGACAAGAUCACACUACUUUUUUAAAGAGCUACAAGGAAAUUAAUAGAAUUGCCUAAGUUUGAAAAACAGCAAAUCUAGCUAGAAAUUAGUGAUUUCAAAAAAUUUCAAUCGGCUCAUUUCUUUUGAACAGUACACAUAUAAUAGAGCUCGUAAUGAUUUUAAACUAGCGGAGCGCUCGAGCUCGGCCGAUUUGAAUUCACUCGUAAGGUUACUUGCUGAAUUGUAUCCACUCAGUCCUAUUCUCAUAACAAAGAUUUCUACUGGCUUUGGAUAAAAAUCCAGGAUUGCUUAGUUUUUGCUUUACUUCGCUUCGUGGUUAGUCCCGACUACUCGCACCACUUUUCCAAUCAAUCAGACUCAAAAACUAAACCAUUGGUGCUUGGUCAUCCGCGUUUUCCCGCGCUUUAGGUGGGGUCUGACUUCUGAUUGGCUCCUUGUGAUAUUUUCAUUAGUCCUGAUUGGCCGUCGUGAUAUUUUCAUUAGUCCUGACCGGCCGUCGUGAUCAUUUUGGUAAUUGUUUAAUGAAACUCGAUUGAAACUUUUCUCCUCUUUUUGGCUCUUAGUCUGAUAGAAAGUGAAAAUUCCUUUUCGCUGAAUUUGACUGUAAUUAUUUCUAGAACGUUUAUUCAUAGUGAUGAUAUCUUGUUGGGGACACUAUUGUAAAAAUAAAAUGUAUCGAAAGUUGCUAGGCAUACGAAUCGAAAUUUGAAUAAUGUAUAAUUUUUAUAAAUUUAUUUAACCUUUAGGAUUUUUAAUCUUGUUAUUUAUAUAAUUCAAUAACUCGUAUUGCUAGGACAAGUCAGUUCGUAGGUUUGAUGGGAGUUUGAAAUAAAUAUAUUCAUUUCAAACGACUCAAUAAGUCAAUAAAUUGCAUAUUCCCGUG